AUGCAUGGUGUUUAUAGAACCCACCAGUGCCUGGUUCUCCUCACAGAUUCCAGUGGCAAUCAUGUCUCUUCCAAAAAGGGUUACAUGAAAGCAUGGCAUCCACUUCGCCAAGACCCAGUCUCCGACCAUCCGGAGCCAAUUUCAGGUCAUGUUCGACAGGCCAAGAGAGUCUGCGUCCCAGAAGCAAAGAAAGGACAGCCGACACACAGUGAUCCCUACAACUACACUAGCCAGGACGAUUGGUUUCCCUUCAAUCCGGCGGAACACACGCAUAUGGUCAAUGACGUCAACAUGGCACAAGACAUGUUCAGCGAUCGCGCGCUGACUUCCGCCAGCUGGACGACUGUUGGAGACGACGCAGAAGGAAGGUCCAAUGAGGUUGGUAGAAUGGAGGAUAAUGAAGUGGAGGAUAAUGGCAUGCAUGAGGAUGACGCGGAGAAAGACUACCCACCAAGGCCCUUGAGCCGUCCAUAUUCUGCCCCACAAGACCCUCUCGUUCCAACACCAGCAGCGAAACCUCGGCGCCGUGAGAAUCGAAGUGGAAUAACUGCAUCUUCACGCCAAGAGUCGCAACGUAUCGUCAACCCACUGCGAAAGGUCCAGAGCAGCGCGGCUAGGGCUAAGUCUAGGUUGUCGGAUCACGUAGGGCUUGCUCGCAACCCUACCGCACCUAGUGGAAGAGGCCCAACACCUCCCCUCGGACAGCUCGGACUACUUCGAAGGCGAGUUGUUGGCGAAAUACAAGAUGGUGGCCAUACAAUGAACCAGAACCUAUCUCCUAGCCCCAUCGCCUCCUCCUAUCAUUAUCAUACCUACUCGGAGUCGAAAUGGGCCAAGGUCGACGUUUUGCGUGACUGCUUCUAUCUACCGACAAAGUUCGACCCAAUCGGCGACGACCAGAUCUGGCACUACAGCGCUCCAAACUCUACUAAGCGUGAGGCUCGGUGGACAACUUCUCCUCUUAUCGGCACGGACGCGUCCGUGACGACAUACGACGACCUAGAGACAGAACUACUUUCCAUCUCUUAA